AUGAGCCAGACAGCUGGGCAGCUGUUAAUCAUCUAUGAGAUGGAGGCAGAGCAAUGGGCAACCUAUCUGCAUUCAGUCUUCACUGGUCCAAUCUCAGAGGCCGGGAUCUACUGCUAUGACAUCGCUACAGUGUCCAGUCCGCAGGACGACUUCCUCAGGCUGGUCCAGUAUACCUGCAAGCUCCUGAUCCUUUCCAAGGGAAUGCUGGAGGGUCUGUGCCCGAAGCGGCGCUUCUUCCUGUCCCAAGUGUUGCGUCCUGCAGCUCAUGUGGUGGUGCUGCUGUGUGGGGUGGAGAGUCUGACCCCACUGCUGGAGCUGGUGCCCCUGAACGGUGACGAGUGCCUGCAGGUCUCCAGUGAACAAGAUGCUCAUGAGUACCUUACCACUGUGAUUGACAUUGUGGGAAAAGCAGCGUCAACCGUCAACCUCUUUACACAUCAACUAUCGGGAUCAAAGCAAAAGCCGGAACAAUGGCACUCAAGGGUCAAAUCCAGCAUUGUGGUCGUUCCCUCCAGAGUUCCAUGCAGGAGCUCUACGGAAGUGUUCAUUCUGUUGAAAAAUGAGUCGCCUGGCAGCGACGCUGAGGUUGAGUUCACUGGUGAGAAUCAGAUGCUGAGAGUGAAACCUGCGUGCUGGAAUGAGCGGAUCCUGUGUGUCAAUGCACCAGAUUUUCCAGCAGGAAAUGUAGGAGUGACCGUGUAUAGCAAAGGGGUGCCAUUGGGCAAGGCACAGCUGCAGUACUACAGCAACAUGGAGGAAAUAACCUCCCUUCUCGCGAGGGCAACAGACCCUUUAGAUUUCAUGUGUCAGGCUCUUCAGGAGUCCUCGGUGGAGAAACUGGACCAGAAGUUGUCCUCCAUGUUGUUGGCGGGCAUGCCCAGUGGAGGAUUUCAGGGACUGCAGUGUGAAAACACACCUGGAAGAGAGCUACACCAUGCAGACGCUCCAUCACUCCUCCACUUUGCUGCCGAGUAUGGAUUCAAGGGUCUCUCCAGCCUACUCCUGCAGUGUCCAGGUGCUGAGCGAGCACUGUACACGGCCAAUCGCCAUGGACAGACGCCCACUGAGAUCGCCAAGAGUCACGGCCAUACAGAGCUUCACGUCUUAUUGAAGGAAACACUGAAUAUGUUGAGCUCAGGCGGGGACAAUUGUGAUGCCGGUGUGUACGAAAUGAUGUGCGCUGCAGGUGAUAAACAUUUUUGUGCAUGUCCUUCCACCACAGAUGUACAAAAAGAGCAAGGAGGAGAGCAUAAAGAGGGGAAGGAUGAGGACAUCUAUGCACCGCUGGGGGUGAGUGAUGAAUAUGACACCUUCCUGAACUCGACAAAAGCAGUGGACAUUGCCAACCGCCCACCAGCGCCCACACCUCGCCCUGAGAUCACCCACGUGAAGAAGGACAAAAUCCCUUUCAUCACUAAAGUGUUCCAGAAGAAGAAGACACCUCAGGGUGAUGCUGAUCUGUAUUCACUUCCCACUAAACAAGCACGCGGGCGGGAGGACAGCCUCUCCUCCACCUAUGAUACCUUUGUGCCAAACCAGACAAAUGGGCUGCAGCAGCUGAUGGAGUUCCAGCAGAGGGUGAAGGCAGGUUCAGUCUCUGUGGACGAUGUCGUCCAGUCCGGGACCUCCUGCUGUCGUAGCAGACCUUUUUCAUGGAACACAUCUUGUAGGAGAAACACAGGUGAGAAGUUGAGUCAUCUGAGAGCCAGAAUCGGCAGCAGCAGCAAGGUUGAUGACAGUGUCUAUGAUAAAAUCAACACCGUCCAUCAGGCGCCAAGUGUUACAGGGAGUGAAAGUCGAAGAGGAAGCCAGGCAGAAGAGUCUGAAUUUUACAGCAAGCCAGUCAAAGGACAGCAUAACUCAGGAGGCUUUGGGGCAGGAGGGAAUAGCGCGGCGUUUGAAGUCAACUGCCGCAUUAAGCAGAGGAGCGGCACAGUUGUGUGGAGAUGCUCUCUUGUUCAAAGGGAUGGAAGGAACCGCUCCGGGGAGCGUCCAACAUCAAGAGCUGACCCCGGCACCGUUUCCCGCUACCUUCUGCCAUGCGUCCCGCCGCCGUAUGCUGUGAUUCCCAAAGACCGGCAGGCCUGUGCCAUCUGGCCUCACUUCGGAUUCCCCGGACACAUAUUGGGAAUCCAAACUAUGCCACCUCCCCGUCUCUCCCUACCCUCUGUGCUCUCUCCCUCUGGGUCGUCUCUGCGCCUCCACUUCAUCCCUGCUUGA